UCUACUCGAAUUAUUUCAUUUCUGUUCUUCGGGACGAAAGUCGUGGCAAAAGUGCGGUCUAGAUAAGCAGCGCGCUGGGUUUCGAGACGCAGCCUGUCCGUGCUGCUCAUCAGAUCUGGAGGAACUGCUCCUUUAAACCCAUUUCUACAGCUUCAUGUCCAGCUGACUCGAGCGGGUCGCACUGCAUCGCUCCUGUGUGGAGUGUGUCCGGGAUUCUGGAGAGAAGUUUGAGCGCUUUCGGUUUUUAAAGGAGCUAAUGCUAGCCUGCUAGCUCUUUAAUCCGUGUUUACAAACCUGAUCAAGUCAACAUGAAGAUUACUGUGGAUUUCGAGGAAUGUCUCAAGGAUUCUCCCAGAUUCAGGGCGACGAUCGAGGAGGUGGAGGGAGACGUCUGUGAGCUCGAGUCCAAACUAGACAAGCUGGUGAAACUGUGCAUCGGGAUGAUUGAUGCUGGAAAGGCGUACAACACGGCCAACAGACAGUUUGUGAAUGGGAUUCAGGAGUUGGCACAGCAGUCUGCCAAAGAUGAUGUCAUCGAGUCUAGCCUGACCACGUUUGCAGAGAAUCUUCAAGAGAUGAUCAACUAUCACACAAUUUUAUUUGACCAAGCACAACGAUCAAUCAAAUCACAGCUCCAGUCAUUCAUUCGAGAGGACCUUCGGAAAUUUAAAGAAGCAAAGAAACAAUUUGACAAAGUGAGCGAGGAGAAAGAAGCAGCCCUGUCCAAAAAUGCCCAGGUGCCUCGAAACAAACAGCACGAGGUGGAGGAGGCCACCAACAUCCUCAUCGCCACGCGCAAGUGUUUCCGGCACAUCGUCCUGGACUACGUGCUGCAGAUUAAUGUGCUGCAGUCCAAGAGACGAUCAGAAAUCCUCAAAUCGAUGCUGUCUUUCAUGUACGCCCACCUGACCUUCUUCCAUCAAGGUUAUGAUCUGUUCAGUGAACUACAACCCCUCAUGAAACAGCUGACCGGACAGCUGGAUCAGCUGGUGAUGGACUCCACAAAAGAAAGGAAGGAUAUGGAGAUGAAACACUCGACUAUUCAACAGAAGUUGCUAACCUGCUCUCUCUUCUUUUCUGACUGCUCAUAUGAGGCCGUGCUGCAGGACUUCUCAAAUGACGACCCCAAGCUGGAGUACAAUGUGGACGCAGAGAAUGGGAUCGUCAUGGAGGGGUAUCUGUUCAAGAGGGCCAGCAACGCCUUCAAAACCUGGAACAGGCGAUGGUUCUCAAUUCAGAACAAUCAGCUAGUGUACCAAAAGAAAUUUAAGGAUAACCCUACAGUCGUGGUGGAAGACCUGCGCUUGUGCACCGUCAAGCACUGCGAGGACAUCGAGCGCAGAUUCUGCUUCGAAGUGGUUUCUCCAACAAAGAGCUGUAUGAUGCAAGCAGACUCUGAAAAACUCAGGCAGGCCUGGAUCAAAGCCGUCCAAAACAGCAUCGCCACAGCCUUCAGGGACAAAGCAGAGGACGCCGAGAUGGACAGAAAGUCGUCUGCAUCUACAGGCAGCCUGGAGUCGGGCGGCGAUGUGAAGGAGAAGAGUCUGAAGGGCGAGAGCGCGCUGCAGAGGGUCAUGGCCAUCGGCGGGAACAGCAUCUGCUGCGACUGCGGUCAGCCGGAGCCAUGCUGGGCCAGCAUCAACCUGGGCAUCACGCUCUGCAUCCAGUGCUCGGGGAUACACAGGAGUCUCGGCGUUCAUUUCUCGAAGGUCAGGUCUCUGACGCUGGACACGUGGGAGCCUGAACUGCUCAAGCUGAUGUGUGAGCUGGGAAAUGGUGUCAUAAAUCAGAUCUACGAGGCUCGACGAGAAGAAUUAGGAGCGAAGAAACCACAACCAGGAGAUCCCAGGCACGAGGUGGAGGCCUACAUCAAAGCCAAGUACGUGGAGCGCAGGUUUGUCCGGAGACUCUCUGAAGACGAGAUCAGACAGAAGGUUUUAGCACUGAGUAAACCAGAUAAAGCUCUCAGCGGCAGUUCGGAUGCUCGGGCUUCGGGAGGAGCUUCAGCGUCGAAACCCCGUCCGCCGUCUGCGUCCUCAGCGAACCACGAGUCUCUCUUCUGUGUAGACGAGCUCGAUUCUCUCUUCUCCUACUUUAACACCUCCGCCAAGCCCUGCUGUCUGAAAAGCUCAGACGGUGACGUGCUGAACCUCACGGAUGGCAGCAGAGAGACGCUGAGUUCAAGCUCUUCCUCCAGCAACACAGAAGCCCCAGAGGUGCAGGUGGGCGAGCCUCACGAGGAGAGUUCAGCUGAAGAUCUGCUGGUUUUCUGCGAGCCGAAGCAGCUGACGCCGGGCCUGCAGCUGUACUGGGCGUCGUUCUCCCGCAGUCUGCCGGACAUGACCCAGGCUCUCGCCCACGGAGCAGGAGUCAACUGGACCAACACAGACCACGAGAACAGGACGCCGCUCAUCAUGGCUGUUCAUGGGGGGUCUCUGGUCACCUGUGAAUUCCUGCUCCAGAAUUCAGCCAGCGUCAACCAGCAGGACAGUCUGGGCAGAGGACCGUUACAUCACGCCACUAUCCUGGGUCACACCGGGCAAGUGUGUUUAUUUCUAAAACGGGGAGCCAAUCAGAAUGCAGCAGAUGUAGAGAAUCAAACGCCGCUUUCAAUCGCGGUCGAGGCAGCAAACGCUGAUAUCGUCACGCUGCUUCGGCUGGCCAAGAUGAACGAGGAGAUGCGUGAAUCAGAAGGUCUGUAUAGUCAGUCAGGUCAAUAUAACUCUAACAGCCCGACUGAAGUGCAGUAUCGGAAAUGUAUGGAGGAGUUCAUUAACUUACAGCUCAGAGACUCCUGAUAUAUGCAGAAAUCACCUCAGCCUGUAGCAAACGCUCAAAACCAGCGAAUGUACACCGAUGUCACGUGAAGCUGAGCUUCACUUGGCCCCAGGAUGGGAUCAUCUAGCUUAGUAUUUGAACGUAAAGUGAACAAUAACAGGACAUUACCGCUAAAACAUGUGCAAUAACUAGUGUUGUGAAAGAGUGACGUGAAAACAUGCACCUUAUAGACACUGUGUAUGUGUGUCUAAAAACUGUCAGUCUGUAAGAGAAGUGUAAUCAAAACUCGGCCUGAUCGGUAUAUUCACCAUAACUCAGGCACAUUCCUGAUAUUUAUCACAAUAUUAUACUUGAGGAAGUCAAAUCAGUAUGUAUAAAUAUUACAUUUGUGAAGACACAUGAUAUAAUUCAGUGUUAGUUCUGGAUUAGACAGCACUGUAUUUAACCACAGAUAAUAUAUCAAUAAUUAUCAAUGCAUGUUUUAACGAUAAAAGUAAUAUAUAUAUAUAU